AUGGGUUACAAGACUAUCAUCACAAUCCAGAUCAUUAUGAUCAUCCUCACCGCGCUUGCUGUUGCUCUGGAUUGUUACUUCAUUAAACAAUACAACGAUAACAAUAGGCUAGUCUUCGCCUGGAGAUUCUAUGUCCAGUUCGGUCUCAAUGCCCUUAUCUGUCUCUAUUUUAUCUCAAGCCUAAUUGCAUUGCACGCAAUGCGUCGUAAACUUCGAUACCAAGUCGCCUCUGGCCGUAGGACAGGCUCUGUUAUCGCAGCUAUCAUCAGGGUCAUCUUUGUGCUGAGUGUGUCAGCUGGUUUGCUCUAUACAACUCUUCAAGCCCUAAUCAACCAACGUCGUUCCAACAUGAUCUUGCCCUUCCCUCGCGAAGCUCCAGGUUUCAAGGACCUGAACAAUGAUUAUUCAGAAUUCGAUGCCCGGAACCUGUUCAGUUGUCCUUCCAAAGACAUUACUGAAACUACACUUUUGUGCAACUUUGAUCAGUCUACGAUGCUUAUUGGAGCCCUCGCUGGUGUAUUUGCUAUCAUCGAGACCGCCUUGGUUCUUACAUACCAGUUCAAGUCACGCGAGCCUGCAUACUUGAGUAAACAGGAGGUAGCUGAUGGUACUGUCCAUUACUAA